AUGGCCUCCAACACUUUGUCCUCCAACUCCACUCAGCAGCUCACCAAGAUGGGCAACAACACCACUUCUACCAACCAACCGCAGAAGUUGGAUCUGGCUACCGCCCAAAAGAGUUCCAAUCAAGCCGUCCACAAACAAGCGGCAUCCACCAAGCCAAACAAAGUCGUCAAGCCAUGCCCACGUGAAAAGGCAUCCCUCUUCCACAAGCCCCAAAAGCGAGGCCCACUUGCCGCCAUGGCGGCCACCAAAGUCAACACUCUCGGCAAAGACAACGAGAAACACUACGACCUGGUUGCUGCAAAGUUGCGCUACCACAAAGACACCUACACUGUCCCGUCUGCUCGUGGCUACGCGCCAAGAACUGUCACCAAAAAAAUGGCGGUUCCCCGAUUUCUUAUCUCUCCAAGACCAGUCGUCAACUCUGCCUCAAAGGAGCUGCUAGAGUUGAUAGAGCAAGGAAGGGCAGAGAAGCAGAGACAGAAGGAGAUUGACGCGCUGUUUGACUUCGACAGCGACAACUGA